GGAUUACCAAUGUUGUAGUAAUUGUUGGUAAUCCAAUAAAGAAUUUUGUUUAUGGAAAAAUACUAAUUUUCCUUUUAUAGGGUAUUGAAGCAACAGCUAGGGAGAUUCCUGAUAUUAUUCUCUUGAACCUUUCUGCUUUUUGAUUCCCAAGGACAAUGGAAAAGAUGUCCAUUUUAUCUCAUUACAAAUAACCACACUGUCAUUAGUUGGAAAAAUAGUUUCAGUUCUCUAUGUCUAUAUAUCCUCAAAAUGGUAGUAAACAUUUUUCAUCACUACUCAUAGCUCAUCUCAUCAAUCUCUAUCUCUUUAUUUACUUACACUCCUCUGUCUUUUCAUAACUACUCCUUUCACUUCAUUCAUUAGCAAUGGCAGAUUGGGGUGUUUUGAAGAACAAAAGCACUUGUUUUGAAUCAACAAUGAAAGACAAUGAUUUUAAUGAAGAAGAUGUGUGGAGUGUAGCCAAUGAAAGGGAAGAUUUUGGUUACAAAAUCAAAAGGGUAUCUAAGGAUUCCUCUGGAUCUUCCUCUGCAUGGCCUUUACCUACUGCUCCAAAAAGGGUUAAUUCUGUUUCUGAUAUUGAUGACCCUUUUGUUAAAGGGUCUUCAGCACCUAUGAACAUUCCUGAUUGGUCAAAAGUUUAUGGUAAGAAUGUUGGUGGUGAUUAUGGUAAUGGAGAUGAUUGGCAUGAUGAUGAAGAUGGUGAUAUGGUUCCUCCACAUGAAUGGAUUGCUAGGAAGCUUGCAAGGAACCAGAUUUCAUCUUUCUCUGUGUUUGAAGGGAUGGGAAGAACACUCAAAGGGAGAGAUCUUAGCAAAGUCAGGAAUGCUAUUUUAACCAAAACUGGCUUCAUUGAGUAGUGUAGUUUAGUUCAUGUGUGUUUGAUUAAAUCAUUGAGUUCAUGAGUUGUCAAGUUUAGUGGUUCGUAAACUAGUUAAGUACUUGAGUUUCAAAUUUUGGCACCAUUACUAGUCAUUUCUUCUAUCAUUUGUAUGCCUUUGGAUCCCAUGCAUUUGUUUUGUUUUGUUUUUUUAUUAUUAAUAAUAUUAUUAUCAAUGAUAUAUACAUAGUAUUUUUAGUAUGAUUUAUGGUGUUUGGUGCUA